AUGGGAGCCAAAGCACAGGUCCUUCGAGACAUCCGAAAACGACUCUCGGCUGAACAGUUUGAGGUGCAACGACGUGCGUAUCUAUUCGUAGCACGGAACACCACAUUACCACCUACUGUCCGACACAAAGCACAACUCGGAUUAAACACGUUAAAUGGAGGAGAAGGAAGACUGGGAGCAGUGAAGAGUCGAUGCUGGGAGACUGGAAAGGCAAGGGGAGUCAUGUCGAAGUUUGGCCUUGCAAGGGUGAGUGAUCAAGCUUCGAUCAUUGCUAACGUGCAGUUCCAAUUCCGAUUAAAAGCGUUGAAUGGGGAAUUACCCGGCGUACACAAAUCAAGCUGGUAG